AUUUUAAAUAAGUCGAGCUAAAAUCGAGUUGAGUACUGAUAAAUCGAGUUGAGUCCGUUAUCGAGCCGCGAUUCGUCCAGGCCUACAACUACAACCUACGGUCUCUGUUUCGCGGACGUUUUUACUGAGGAAGGUCCAUCCUUCUCCCUCCUAGGCUCCGUCGGUCUCUCUCUCUCUUUCCUUAUCCCCGGCCCGUGGCCCGUGCUAACGGUGAUUAGGGUUCCGAAUCGUGUUUAAGCGCUGCGAAAUCACGGCUGGGGCUUCGUCCUCGAGUCGUCGUCCUGCUGGAUGUCACCUCGUGUCCCGCGCCGACGCCAGUGCUCGUCCUCGGAGCCGCCUCUCUCCGACGAUCGCCGGAGACGGAUACGGUCGAAGCCGUCACUGCAGGCCGCGCUCGUGCGUCGUAGCAGAUGUCUAGUAGCUCCAACGGCCAUUAUCCUGCUAAUGGUGCAAAGAUUCUUCAUAGAAAAGAAAAGAAUAAAGAGAAAGUACAGCUCGACAAAAAUUCAGCCACUUGGGUGUGCCAGAAGGACAGGCAUUAUGUUGAAAAAUUAGAAACAGAAUUGAUGAACUGCUAUCAGGAAAUUGACUAUUUGCAGGAUCAGUUAAAUAUACGGAGCGUUGAAGCAAACUUCAUGGGAGAGCACAUUCACAGUCUUGAACUGAAGCUGACUGAACUUGAAAAGUUCCCAGAAAGAGUGAGAGCGAUGGACAAUGAGCUGAUACGAUCUGAUUCCCAGUGCUGGCUUCUGAUGGAAGAAGUCAGAUGUAAAGAAGAGGAGUUGCAGAAGGCAGCCUCACAGAUAGAGAAGCUUGAAAGUACAGCUUUAGAUUCACAAUGCGAAAUUGAGAGCUUGAAACUUGAUUUGACUAAUCUUGAGCAGAGACUAUUUGACGCUGAGAGAUUUUCCCAACAUGCUGGUGAGCACAAAGCUCAAUUUGACAAACUACUGGGAGAACAUGAGCUCCAGCUACAUGAAGCACAGAAAACUAUUCAUCAACUUGUAUGGGAGAAUAAGCAACUGAAGGAGUUGUUGCCUGUAAGAGCUCCUAAACAAUCUCCUCCUGGAUCUGGAUGGAAAGUUAACAAAACAUUGGAGAACGGUGUGCAUGCAGAAUGCGAAAGUGGCGAUGUAAUUCUUGAAAAUAUGGCAAAACGAAAUGAAGAAUCUGAACUUCUAAUUGAGCAGCUCAAGGAAGAGCUUCGAGAACAAAAGUUAAAGGCAAAAGAGGAUGCGGAAGAUCUCACCCAAGAAAUGGCUGAACUAAGAUACCAGAUAACAGGCAUGCUUGAGGAAGAAUACAAGCGUCGAUCUUGCAUUGAGCAGGCAGCUAUUAAACAUAUUCAGGAGCUGGAAACUCAGGUUUCCAAAGAGAAGACAAAACUGAGUGGGGCACUUAAGCGAUUGCAGGAAUCACAUGAACUAGCUCGCACACAAGCUAUGGAGAUUAAGAAGUUGAAGGCUGCUUUAGAGAGAUUGAAUUCGGUGACGAACCUGGGUACAGUUUGCAAAUCUUGCUCUUGCGGGUUCUCUGCAAUGUUGGUAGAGCUGUCUAAUUGCUCGAUCGAAGGACCUUCAGGCAGCGCCAGAUCUCUCAAUUCCAACCACAUUGAUGAGAAGUCACAGAAUCAGGCUCUAAUAGAGUGGCGUCCCCGUGAAGCCUCAGAUGAUGACGGUGGGUAGGAAGUUAGAUGCCUGUACAUUCAUGUGUGCAAUUGGCCAACUGUUGUAGAUAAUUCUUUGUAUUCACCAUUGUUGCCUGUAAGACUGUAAAUGCAUAUGCAUUUGUUGCCUUAGCUAACAAUGGGAGUUAAGCUCCCCAGGAAGUGAAAAUGUCGCCUUAAGAUUUCACGCAUGUCAUGAAAUUUACCAGCAAGGAUCUGUCAUCACGGUUUUUGAUGCAAAGACACAUGAUUUUCUA